AUGAAUGGUAACAGGAGGGGUGAACGUCAGAAUAGUUCUGGGCCUUCGUCUGCUCCACAGAGCUGUGUCUACACUCUCCCCAAGAACAAUGUAGACUCCUCUGAUGCUGGGACUUACUACUGUGCCCUGGCAGCAUGCGGGGAAGUUGUGUUUGGAAGUGGAACCAAGCUGGACCUAACAGAUCCCAAUGACCAGAGGUUUGUCUCCCAGACUGUGGUCCAACAGCCUGUGUCAGCAUCAGCUCAGCUGGGAGACCCUGUGGCUCUCCAGUGCUCUAUUACCUCCCAGAGGACAGACCACAGUAACCAGUGCCAAGGGGAACCCAGUGUGUACUGGUUCAGAUCUGGACCAUCUCACCCUGCUGCCAUUUACAUGAAUGGAAACAGGAGUGGUGGAUGUCAGAAUAGUUCUGGGCCUCCGUCUGCUCCACAGAGCUGUGUCUACACUCUCCCCAAGAACAAUGUAGACUCCUCUGAUGCUGGGACCUACUACUGUGCCCUGGCAGCAUAUCCCAAUGAACAGAGGUUUGUCUCCCAGACUGUGGUCCAACAGCCUGCGUCUGCAUCAGCUCAGCUGGGAGACCCUGUGGCUCUCCAGUGCUCUAUUACCUCCCAGAGGACAGACCACAGUAACCAGUGCCAAGGGGAACCCAGUGUGUACUGGUUCAGAUCAGGACCAUCUCACCCUGCUGCCAUUUACAUGAAUGGUAACAGGAGUGGUGAAUGUCAGAAUAGUUCUGGGCCUCCGUCUGCUCCACAGAGCUGUGUCUACACUCUCCCCAAGAACAAUGUAGACUCCUCUGAUGCUGGGACUUACUACUGUGCCCUGGCAGCAUGCGGGGAAGCUGUGUUUGGAAAUGGAACCAAGUUGUACGUGUUUGGAAAUGGAACCCAGCUUGACACACCAGGUAAAGAUAUUUUACUUCCUACUUCCAGUUUAUUUGGAAAAUAUUGAAUUAAGAAGAUAAUAUACAUUGAAGUUUAUCAUAUGUGAAUACACUCCAUAUAUUAUAUUUUGCAUGACUUAAUUUGAAUGUAAUGGUACAGAAUAUGAUUGGUUCUACAGAUUCAUGAUGACCCAUUGUUGUCUGUUUCUAGAUCCCAACUGUCAUCUAGUGAUCUUGGUGCAUCGGAUUCUGUUGGCUUGCUUUCUGCUUGUGAUUAUAAUCCUCAUUCUCAUCAUACAUUACAGGACGGGGAAACCAAUUCCUUGAACUAUGCAGAGCUAGAGUUCUCUGGCAGAAGAACAGUGAAAGGACUCAGGAGAGCCUGUAUUCUGCUGUGAGAGGAACCUGCCCCUGAAGUCCAUCAAACAGGUCCAAAUCUAGAUCGAUGUCCUCAAUAUUGUGACCUGGAUGUGAAUUACGUUUCUAAAGGUGUACAAAGUAUAAGCUUAAAAUUAGAUUAGAUAAGUUAGGGUCAAUAGUAUGAAUAUGAGAGGAGCUUUUUUUCAUAGGCAUGUCGUAUUAACUGCCACUUAACACUGGGGGUUAUUAAAGGCUUGGGUUUGUGUGGCUUCACUGACAAGUGUGGUAUAUUUGUGUGGCUGUGACGAUGUUCAUGAUGUUUCAUUCAUUAUUAGUUAUUUGCUACUCUCAAAAUGUUGUUAAUAAAGGAAUUGAAUGAAUUUAUAAAUAUGUUUAUGUUGUAUAUUCAAAUUGAAAUUCAAAGUUUUAUUGGUCACAUGUUUGCAAAAAUAACAUUUUACAUGCAGUGAAAUUAAAAAGGGGUCACCACUCUGUCGUUCAUUGUACAAAUUACCGGAACCUGAAUAAAUAAUAGAUAAUAGUAAUUUAAAAACAGACAUCCCUUAAUGAGAUGAUGCUAUAGAAACGGUCAUUAAAAAAAAAAAGAAAAGAAAAAAAAAAGGUAUAUAAAUAUAAAAGUGCAUAGAAUGUGGUGCAGAAGAGUGCGAGUCAGUCCACCGGAGUUAAGCAGUCUAACUGCCUGCAGAAAGAAGCUCCUCCUCAGUCUCUCAGUCCGAGCUUUAAGGCAGCGUAGGCGUCUGCCUGACUGCAGCAGGGUGUAGAGGCCAGCAUCUGG